UUUUGUUUACCUUUUUGCAGCAGCUUGCUUGCGGGGGAAGGGGCGCACUUCCUUUUACUGCGUGGAAGGCGUGAACGGGACAUGCCAGGAACUUGAACGGAUUCCUUUAGCCAGAGUAUUGGAGAUAUCUCCUACGUUCUGUUUAUUUUUGCAUUGUGUUGAUAACGAUCUUUGUGGCGAGCUCCUUUUGAGCGAACGCUGCGCAGUCAUGGGUAAACUGCAGUUUACGACACGAAUUUUACACCGACGACUUUGCUAUAUCGCCGCAGCACUGGGUGUCCAGCUCUGUCUCCUCUUGUUUCUCUCGUAUCGACCAGACACAUUCCGCGACAUUUGGCCUUCGCGACCAGAGCCCCAAAAGACUCGACCAACAGUACGGCAACGACCAUGGACGGUACACAGCACAGGUCAAUCACUUUGUGCAGAUCGCGGGCGACUGCCGAAAUCUUGGGAACUCGCUCCUAUUGCUGAAAGCGGAGAAAGAGGGGCUCUUGUCUUUCCCGAAAUGACUGGAAUGCGUUGGGCGCAGCAGGACGAGCUUGUUAUUGAAGCGGCGACUGUGUGUGCCUGGCUUGUUGUGGUGGACUGGGGUGACGGUUUGGUAGAAGCACCAUACUAUACGAAUGGGACGGACAUGUCCUCUCUUCCUGAGCCCAUACCGCUGUGGCCCCCAGACAGCGUGGAAAUCCGUGCGAUUGGCAAACACUUUACGGUACCAGUACACAUGGAUAACAGCCAUGUUGUAGUAAAAGGUUCCGGAAGGCAUAGUGUCGAUUACAGAGUGUACAAUGUGGUGCUUGAUUUAAAGGAUCAGGACACUUUUACAUUGGACGUGGUAUUAGAAUACACCGACUACCUGUGGAAUUACGAAAAACCUGCACACGUUUUCUGGGCCCCAACCCCCCUCCCUAUUUAUGUAGACCGCAAAUCCCUCCGCUAUAUCCCCGCUCUCGUCUUCACUACAAGCCCGCAAACCCAUCCCGCCGUUAACCACGAGGUCUACACGUCACUCCCCCCUUGCACCACCGGCAACAAUCCUGGACGCUGGGUGCCAGUUCCUUUCCUUAAACCUACAACGUCAUUGAACCUGACAUCCGAACUCUCGUCGCCCAAUGCACCCGAUUUGGUGAUGGAAUCGUACACUUCGUACACCUACCUCCCAUACACAUGUCGUUAUGUACCCAAGACCUACCCAGAUUUCCGCAAAGAUUGUUUGGAGCCUCAUCACCCAUUCGUCCAUCUGUUUGGCGACUCGAACGUUCGCCGUGCAGUCAAGGCUAUAGGAACCGAUGGAGCAUGGUGUAAAACAUGGUUUGAUGAAGAGUCUAGCAACUGCCAAUGUACUGACUGGCAUUUAGGAAUUGAGGGACUUGACCCUGGUCGCCCUGACAACUCCCUUCAUCUACCAACCCAAGGACCUCACACAGACGUCUCGAGCUGGCUCUACGUUUUUCUGUGGAAAGGUCUCAAUGACUGGGGUCCAAACUGGAAGGAAGCUCUGAGUUUGGAACACCAGCCUUCUGCCAUCCCAAACUACGACCAGAUUCCCAAGAAGACACCAACGUCUGUGGUCAUAUCCCUGACGAACUGGGACGCAGCCUAUGGGUCCUAUGCCUCAUACGUUGCGUCCAUCCCGACCCUUAUAGAUCUGCUUAAAACCACCUAUGCCCAGCGCAACAUUCCAAUCAUAUGGCGCCCUGGACAAUACUUUGGUGGUAGGGCGGAUACAACCGAAGGAGACAGCAGACGACGCUUCAGCAGACUGCGAGUGAUGGCCUUCAAUACCGUCAUGGAGAAGGCCCUUGUGGACGCAUUUGGAGCAAAGGUUUGGGAUGUGUACUCAAUUGGUGAAAGUUUGGAUGUGGGUGCCAGAGAAAAAGCGGUGACAUGUCCGAGUGGACAUGCGGGAAGGGAUAUCGUCGACAUGGAAAAUGUGGUAUUCAUGAAUAUGUUAUGUCCUAUAGUGUAGUGAUUUAUAUUGUUGUUUAACCGUUAAUAGUAGUAGCUUCCGUUACAUUAAUAAACGCGCACAGUCUUGUUAUUUCUGGUGCCGUUCAAAAGUAUAGUAAUUUAAGAAAACGUCUCAAAACAUGUUUGUACACAGA